UUGAGAUGAAGCUCAUCGUAGCGAUAGUUCUGCUUGUCCUCAUUGAAGCUUGUAUCUGCGGUCAUAAAAGAGGGCGAUUUAGGUGGGAGAAGAGAGGCAAAAAAAUCUCCAAAAAUAGUAGUAGCAAGAAAUCCAAACAUAAAGACAGUCGACAUAGUGGCAGUAGCAGCAGUAGCAGCGAGGAGCUUUGCGACCAUCUAUUCGCUCCCACAAAUGGAACUUUUGAAAUUAGCGGCAGAACUCUCGGAGCGCUGGCAUUUUUCAUAUGCGAUGAAGGGUUUGUUUUGACUGGAGACCAAAUUCGUAGAUGUACAGAGACCAGCGGGGGAAACUUGGAAUGGAGUGGAUCCGAUGUAACAUGUGAACUUGUAGACUGUGGCAUUCCUCCAGGAAGUAACGGCCUAAAUAUUUCUUACAAUAUGACAACACUUGGAUCAACGGCAUACUUCAGCUGUUCUGCAGGCAAGCUUUUACUAGAUGGGGACCCCAUAACGUGUCUUCCUAGUGGGGAAUGGAGUAGUUCGGCUGCAUCUUGUUGUGCAAUCAGAGACUACAUUUACUAUAUGCCAAUGGAUGGGAAACGAGAUGAUAUUUUGGAGGGCGAGUGCCCCAAUGGUAGAAUCUACAACAACGCCACCCUCGAUGAUGGCCAGGUUGACCAAGGAAUAUAUUUAGAUGGAAUUGAUCAAUGGGUUGAUCUUGGAAAUCACAGACACGAAUGUUUUGGUGAUUUAGAGCUUUGUCCAAAUGGUUAUACACUUUCUAUGUGGCUUUACAUCGGACCAAAGGUGGCCAAUGAGAUGUAUUAUUUCUCCAGCGGUGGACAGACGGGAUCUUCGUUUGGAGUAGCCCUAUUUUGGUUAGCGGGAAAUUUAGGUUCGUGGUUUAGCACCAGGACUGAAAUUUGGAAAGUGAGCUAUCCUGGGGCGACACUGAGAGAGCAAUGGCGGCACAUUGUGCUCACGUGGAAACAAGAUGAAGGGCUCAAGUUAUGGAUAGACUGUGUAAACGUUGAAUCGGAUACAAUGUCAGAGACACGGAAUGUACCAAACACCCCAUGGAACAACGUUGUGUUAGGGAGACCGAACAAAAACUUUGCAAAAUUCGGAGAGGCUAUCAUCGAUGAACUUAUCUUCUGGGAUAAGAAACUACCAGAUGAGAGGAUCGAGGACCUCUGCGUGGCCUAUGACGCCGACCCAAAUUCAACUCUUAGUUGCCCUACGAUUUUGCCUUUUGUUUUGUAGAUCGAUCCUAUGAAAACAUUCAGGAAAGGGCGAGUUGUUUCUUGAAAUGUUUUGGAA